GCCCCACCUCAGAGUGUAGAGGAGCCCACAAAAUCCACUAACCCCAGAAGAAUUAAUCUGGCCUGAGGCCUUGAAUCUCGGUCUUACCUACCCUCCCCUGCCUAUGGGCUGGAGUGCCAGGGGUGUGAGGUGUCUCAGUUGGGACCACAUCAGUGAGGCUUGGGGGUUAUGCAGGAAUUGGUUUUUUGCAUCUGAUUGAUUUUCCUGUGGGUCAGUGGCUCCUGACCCAAAACAGGUUCCCCACCCCGCCCAUAAAUAAAGACACUGCUGAAACAUUUUGUGUUGGAUGUAAUAUUUUUAUUUAAAAAUGAAGUCUGGCCAACAAGCCCCGAAUUGGGACCAAGCCCCCAUCUGGCUACUGCAUCAUAACACCCCUGCACACACCCCAAGACCCAAAUCCUGAGCCCAUCAUACACCUGAACCCCCUGCCAUGAGCCCCUCACAUCUCCAAACUCCUGCACCCCCACAUCCCCAGACUUGAUCCACAACACUCCUGCACCAUCCACACACCAUGCGAUCCUUUGAAACCUCGAGUCUCACAUCGCAUGUGUCCCAAGGGAGUUGACAGCUGGAAACCUGAAGCCUAAAAGGGGUUAACCUUGGUGGAUCGGAGAGGAGGGUCACAAUUUCAGCUGCCCCACAACCAACAAAUGGCACGUGAAGGGAAGGCGUGUAAGAAAGAGGAGGAGAAUUCCCAGCAGGAAAGCCCUGCGCAGAUGGAACUCCCUGGGGUAGUAUCAGAAAGAUACGAACGUAACACUUCCUGGAGUGUCGACCAAGGAACAUCCUGUGAGAGCCGAGGCGUGUCAGAGAGAAACCAGGUGCAGAAGGACUUGUGAAGAAGACGACAUGGACCUCAAGGAAAGCCCAACCCAAUGCGGGUGACCUUCAAGGAGGAGACUGUGUAUUUCACCCAGGGGCAGAGGGCGCUGCUCAGAGAGCCCUUGACAGGGACAUCAUGCAGGAGAACUACGAGGCGGUGACCUCACUGGAGGGUGCUGGGUUGAUGAGCGAGCAUGAGGAGACUCCACAGCCGGAAAGUUGUGGCAAUGUGGAUCCACAGCGACCGAUAUUGGGAAGAUCUAAGGGUCAUUUUUCUGAGAAUCAAAAACCCCAAAAACCCCAUGGAAAUCAGCGCGGGUCGGAGAGGCCACUGGGAUGUGACCCAGGGAAGACAACGUGUAAACGCAAAAACGAUGGUGGAGAUUGGAAGAACCUCAAGGAAACCAGAGCGCAGCCGAGAAACCCCACAACAGAAAAAAAGAACACAUGCACGGAGUGUGGGAAAAGCUUCAUUCGGCGAUCAAGCCUUGUUUCCCAUCAGAGGAUCCACACAGGAGAGAAACCCUACAAGUGCCUUGACUGUGGGAAAGGUUUCAGUCAGAGCUCAGAUCUUAUUUCCCAUCGGAUGAUCCACACGGGAGAAAAACCCUAUAAGUGCCUCGACUGCGGGAAAAGUUUCAACCAGGGUUCCCAUCUGAUUAGGCACGAGAGAACCCACACAGGUGAGAAACCCUAUAAAUGCCUGGAAUGUGGGAAAAGCUUCAUUCAGAGCUCAGAUCUUAUUUCCCACCAGAGAGCCCACCGGGGAGAAAGACCCUAUAAAUGCCUUUGCUGUGGGAAACAAUUUUUUCAUCGCUCGGAUCUUGUGUCACAUCACAGGAUGCACACAGGCGAAACCGUCCAUAAAUGCCAGGACUGUGGGAUAAAUUUCAGUCGGCGGUCAAACCUCAUUCGACAUCAGAGGAUCCACACAGGAGAAACCCCUUAUCAAUGCCCUGAGUGCGGCAAAGGAUUCCAUGACAAGUCCCGCCUUGUGGCACAUCAGAAAAUCCACCUGGGGGAGAACCCGUAUAAAUGCCUUGACUGUGGGAAAAAAUUCAGUGACAACUCGCACCUUGUCACACAUCGGCGAACCCACUCGGGAGAGAAACCCUAUGCAUGCCAGGACUGUGGGAAAAGCUUUAUUCAGAGCUCAAAUCUUAUUGUACAUCAGCGAAUCCAUACAGGAGAAAAACCCUAUACAUGCCCCGACUGCGGGAAACACUUUAAUCGGCGUUCAAACCUGAUCAAACACCAGAGAAUCCACAUAAGAGAAAUCCCCUUCAAUGCCUUGACUGUGGAAAAAACUUGAGUGACGAGUCACAAACUGGGUUUUACCCACGAAAGCGGAUGCCCUACUAAAUCUGUUACUGUCUAAGGUGCCACAGGACUCCUUGAUGUUGUGUCAUGACUCAAUGCACAUUGAAGAGCCCCUGCUGGGGAUGGAUUCUAUAAAUGUCUGGAUUGUGGGACGAGUUGAGUUCUGUUCUUAUUUCACAGCAGAAGCUCCGGAGCAAACACAGAUGCUCCUCCUCCAUGCUGCAGCCCUGGCUGUUGAGCGGAGGGUCCUUUGAGGAUUGUCAAGAGCAGGAAAACUCAUCUGGGCACAAGUUUAUUGGGUAGUCGAGUGGAGUACUCCACUACUCGCUUUCCCCACUUCUUGCUGCCUCUGUAUCAGAGGCAGCAAGUUUGUGUGUGGGGGGAGGGGGAAAUAGGAGACGGUGCUGGGGGGAGCCAGUUUAAAAGCUGGUUUCUCCCCCUCCCCAGCACCAUCUCUGCAGUGCCAGCUCCCCCACCCCUACUGCUCGGUCCUGGCUUGAGCCGGUUCCAGGCACUAUCCCUGUUGCGGCUCUGCAGAGCGGCCCUUAUCGAUGAAUAGUGUCGUCAAUACAAAUAUCGACAACACAGUUAGCCAAAUAACUGUCAUUUAACAUCUUUAAAGGAGACCAGGGUCAAUCUGUUCUCCCGAUUCUGAGCAAGAAGGAACGGUCGCUGGAUUGUCGCCUUCUGUGAACCUUGCAGUGUUGUCCAGCCUGCUCUGUAGGGUGGGUGUUUCUCUCUUUGCUGAAGGCGUUUGGGUCACCUAGAGUCGUGUGACGUAACAGCAACAGGGACCACUGGAUCCUGUAGGCUGGCCUCCCCCAUAUCUCAGGUCACCUACCCCACCCAGCCCUCCACACACUGAGCCCUACAGUGGAAAUAAAACAGGCCCCAUCUGCGCAUAUGAGUUUUGUCUGAUGUGAUGAAAAGUCAAUUGAUCGGGGACUUCACAAAAUAAAAGCCCUUUGCAGGAAGGGACCUUUUUAUUGUAUUUGGUUUCCCCUCUCCCCCCACUACCAUGAGAGCUACAUGUGCUUUGAACUGUUAUAAUCUUACAGCACCCCUAUAUACCAACCCCAAUGGGUGGAUGUGAGCAGCAGGCUGGGAGGCAGAGACUGAAACGGAGAAGGGGGGUUGUAGCCUGAGUCCUGUGAGGAGGUGUGACCCUAUCAGGAGUGGGGAGAGCAUAGGACAUGGGGGAGAUACAGAGCUGGGGACCAGCAGGGUUUUUUCUGGAGAUCCAGAUAACUGAGGCUGAGAGCUGUUCAAUCGCUGCACUGGUGCAUGGUAGAGACAAAGCUGGCGCACGAGUGCUGGGUGCAGCCAGCCUGGAAUAGGAAAGGGCCCAGGCAGAAAGAACCAGACUGAGUAUGAUCCUAGAUCAGGUUUAUUACACUAAGGUGCCACCGGACUCCUCUUUUCUUCAUUAAUAAAACAGGUUUCCAUGGACUAUUUCUAACUUCACAGUCAGAAGUGAGGUACGCACAGAGCCAGAAUGUCCACAUCCAGCCAAUUGUAA